AUGCAGCGCCAUGCUGGGCCAUGCAGGGUGAAGAACGUGCUGCUGAAGUCCAACUGUGUCCUGGAGGCCUUUGGCAAUGCCAAGACCAACCGCAACGACAACUCGAGCCGCUUUGGCAAGUACAUGGACAUCAACUUUGACUUCAAGGGUGACCCUACAGGCGGCCACAUCCACAAAUACCUCCUAGAGAAGUCCCGCAUCCUCCAGCAGCAGCCAGGAGAGAGGAACUUCCACUCCUUCUACCAGCUGCUGCGGGGAGCCCCUGAAUCGCUGUUGGCCUCGCUGCACCUCUGCCGCGACCCCGGGGCCUACCGCUACACCCAGGAGGGCACCACCAGCAGCGCUGGGGGUGAUGACGCAGCCAGCUACAAGGCAGUGGAGGACGCCAUGGCAGUGAUCGGCUUCACCCCAGAGGAGAUCAGCUCCGUGUACAAGAUCCUCGCUGCCAUCCUGCACCUGGGCAACGUGACGUUCGUGGCUGAAGGCGAGACAGCGGCGGGGGGCGGCGGCGGGCAGAGCGGGCGGCUCUUCGGCUGGAUCGUGGGGCGCAUCAACGCUGGCAUCGAGGCGCAGGACUACGAUGCCCGCCGGCACGGCAAGAGCACCGUCAUCGGUGUGCUCGACAUCUACGGCUUUGAGAUCUUCGACACCAACAGCUUCGAGCAGUUCUGCAUCAACUACUGCAACGAGAAGCUGCAGCAGCUCUUCAUCGAACUCAUCCUGCGGCAGGAGCAGGCCGAGUACCAGCGUGAGGGCAUCGCCUGGCAGAGCCCCAGCCGCAAGCUCUGCCCCACCGACAAGACGAUGGAGUUCGGCCGGGAUUUCCGCAUCAAGCACUACGCUGGAGAUGUCACGUAUUCAGUGGAGGGUUUCCUGGACAAGAACAAGGACGCCGACCCCGUGCUGCAAGCCAUGUGGCCUGAUGGCGAGCAGAGCAUUACCGAGGUCACCAAGCGCCCGCUCACCGCCGCCACCCUCUUCAAGAACUCCAUCGUGGCCCUGGUGGACAACCUGGCCUCCAAGGUAGCAUCCCAAGCCAGCUGGGCUGUCCCCAGGCCGGCCUGGCACGUCUCUGCACCAUCUAGACAUGUCCCAUGCCAGGCUGGCAUAUCCCAAAGCCAACCAGGUGUCCCGGUGCCAGCUGGACAUGUCACCAUGCCAAGCUGGCAUGUCCCCAUCCUAGCUGGGCUGUGCUCAUGCCACCUGGGCACGUCCUGGUGCCAAGCUGGCAUGUCCCCAUACCAGCUGGGCUGUGCCCAUGCCAGCCUGAUCAACCGCUUCAACAAGAGCUGCGACCGGGCCAUCCUGCUUACUGACCAGCACCUCUACAAGCUCGACCCGCGCCACCAGUACCGGGUGAUGCGGGCGCUGCCGCUCAGCGUGGUAACGGGGCUGAGCGUGACGAGCUGCCAGGCGCAGCUCGUGGUCUUCCACACGCAGAGCCACGACGACAUGGCCGUGUGCCUGCACAAGAUGCAGCCGGCGGGGGACAACCGGGUGGGUGAGCUCGUGUUUUUUUUCGGGUGCCGCCCGCACCCAGGGGCCGUGCGUGGCCGCAAGCGGCUGCUGGCCGUGGAGACCCGUCCCGACGUGACUGCCCCCGAUUUCAGCAAGAGCCGUGAUGGCUUCGUGCUCUACUGCCCUGGCAGAUGAGGGGGGCCAGGGCGGGCCGGGGACUCGGCCGGGGCCGCUUCACCACCACCAAGGUGCUCCUUGUCCCGCUGCAGCCCCGGGGACAGCGUGGCCCCGGCCCCAUGGCCCCUCGCUGCCCCCAGGACGUGCCAAAGUCUCUGUGCACACUGGGAAUAAAGAGCCCUCGAUGGGAG